AUGACUAAAACCCCACAAGAAUUAGAAAAAGAAACUAACAAAAACUUUAUUCUCAAUAAUUUGGAUAAAUAUAUUGUUGAUGGACACGGUAUUUUUUAUCACACAGAACUCGGAUUAGGUGAUGAUUAUUAUUGUAUUGGCAGUGAAUUAGUAAAAGAUUAUGAAGAAGUAAAAGAAAAGGUUAUUGAAACACAAUUAACUAAUAAAGAGCAAAUUACUGCUCUGGUUCAAGCAAUAAACCACCAAAUAGAACAAAGAUUAAAAGAACUAAAACAGUCUCAAAAGCAGACGAACAAUAACCAACCAUUUUCUUUAACUGGUAAAGUGCUUAUUGUAGCGAACUUUCCUAAAAGUAUAAAAAAUAAUAUUAAUCAAUUUAAUGACGAGAAAACUAGAUUUUUGGUAGGAACGAUUAGUAAUAUUUUUCAGAUUAAAGACGGGAUACCAGAUAAUUUUAAUUAUGCUAACUUAUUGCCCGAAAAGUUGCGGUCGUUAUUAGGGAAAAUAGAACUAAGUAAAAGUCAAUUUGUUAUUGGUGGCUUGUUACUGGUAUUAGUUUAUGCUCUGGUUUACUAUUGGAAUAGUUUAGCCGAGGAAGAAUUGCGAAUAAGAGGCGGUCAUUAUACUAAAAAUUUGGUGCUGGAUAAGUUUCGUUGCUUACCUUUGGAAGAAAAAGAAGCCCGAAAAGAUGAAGUAAAUAAUUUAAUAGAAAAGGAUGCUGGCGAAAUAGGUUAUGAUUGGGAACAUUUACCUAAUCACACUUUCCACAGCGUUUUAGAAAUUUUCCUGAAAAUCUUGCGGAAUGAAAAAAGAUAUAAAGAAAGAUUAAGUGUUGAGUCAGCAGUAAUUAAUAAGGAAAGAAAUAAUGCUACUCUAGUGGAAAGUUCCGGUCUGACUUCCCAAUAUAGUGCCAAGCAGAAAAAAGUAACCCAAGCCAACGAAAAAUUAUUACUCAAUUUCAACCACACCAAAUCAUUAAAUAGGACGAUACCUAACAAUUGGUUAAUGGAAUCAUUUCCAUUCCUCUUACUAGCUUUGAGUGGUGGUAGUUUUGAAGGAGUCAUUUUGAUGGCUUUUUGGGAAAUAUUCGAGGAAGGUUCAACCGGCCAAAAACAAUUAGUUAAUAUUAACCAAACUUUAGAACAAAAAAACCAGGCUCAAAUCUUUUUCUUUGAUGAAGCCGAUAAUGCUUUAGACCAAGAUAACCAAAAACAACUCCAAGAAAAAAUUAAGGAAAGGUUUAAAACCACUCCUUUAACGUUAAUUUAUAAAUUAUUCCGCACUAAGAAAAUAAAAGUUAAUGGCGAGAAUAUUCGCUAUUAUCACCAGCGCUUAAAAGUAGGAGAGGAAAUUAAUAUCUAUGAUGGUUCACUCAAAGUUGCUCAGCCCAGUAUUUCCCUAAAACCAGAAAAUUCGGAACUAAAUCCCAAGAUUAUUUAUGAAGACCAAAACCUUAUUAUUGUCUUGAAAGAACACGGGUACCUAAUGCCGGAACUAGAUAAAGCAGUCCAACAUUACCUUUACCAACAAAAUCCUCAAUUAUAUCAAGAACUAAGCCAAAAAUAUUUCUCUUUCACUGCCACUCACCGCCUGGAUAAAUUAACCAAAGGACUAAUUAUUUAUCCGAAAAAUCCGACGGCCAAAAGGAUACUGCAUAAUGCUAUCAGUGAUAAAGAAAAAAUAAUAAAAAAAUAUCUUGCCCUUUGUGAAAAAUUACCGAAAAAAGCUCUGCCGAAUUAUAUUAGUGGCAGUAUCAAAGAUUGUGCGUUGGAAAUAAAAGAAAUUGACCGAGAAAAUAACCAACUACUGUUGGAAAUCACUUUACAUACCGGUCGCAAACACCAAAUUCGUAGUAUUUUAUCUUAUUGGGACUGUCCGAUUAUCGGUGAUAAAAAGUAUGGCACAGAAGCACGUAAAAUACUAGGGGUAAGUGAAAAUGCUACUCCUCAAGAAAUAAAAAAAGCUCGUGAUGGGCUUGCUCGAAAACAUCACACUGAUAAAGGAGGUUCUAACGAAGAAAUCCAGAAAAUUAAUGUGGCUUAUGAAGUUUUGACUAAGGGAGGCGGUGAUAGUUCGGACAUAGACGAGGAUGCAAUUUGA